UCCAGUUGUCUCCCAUUGCUUGGUACACGCUGGCGGCAUAUGUGUAAAAUGAAUAGAAAUAGGCGUGAAACCGUGAAUGUUUCUCCCCAAGAGCAUUUUCUGAACAAAGUUCAGACAAUGCUCAGUAAUAUUCUACGAAACGUGGAUAGCGGAAUGGGCGAGGACGACAAGGUCGCAGUCAGGGCGACUAUUGAGCAAAUCCGGACGAAUUGUCACCGCAUGCUUGGCACAAUGCAGCCUGGACUACUAGAAAAUAUUAUAUCAAACCUCACAGACGUUGUACACCAGAUAAAUGAGUCUGUUAAUGCGCCACAAGAUGUCCAAGAUACAAACAAUGGCGGGUUUCGGAUAAGACUUGGUGCGCGGGGACCACCGAAUUACCAAAUAGCUCAAGACCAAUUGCAGCUUCUACUGGAUAGGGGCUUCACAGUGAAGAGAAUCGCCGAGGAUGGUCUUCUCGGAAGCAAAAUGCACAAGUUCAGAGGAGAUAAGGGCUUAUCUUCGAACACGAGAGACACCCAUGGUUGUAAAUAGAGACAGAGUUCGUGCGAUACUAGCUGAACUGGGCCCAGUUGGCGGUGCAACACGAUGGGCUCAAGUGGUGUCUAGGAGACGCUACUCCGUCCCAGAGCCAAACUCACUAUGGCAUAUAGACAGCCAUCACUCAUUAGUGCGCUAUGGUAUUUACAUCCACGGCGGCAUCGACGGGAACAGCCGGCUGAUACCAUACCUAAAAGCUGCACCAUACAAUACUGCUAGAGCUGCCUUUGAGGCUUUCACGUUUGGGAUCAGGAGCUACGGAAUCCCCAGCAGAAUUCGGGUUGACGGAGGAGUGGAACAUGUCCUUAUUAAGAGAUUCAUGACCAUUGCGAACGGUGAUGGCCGAGGAAGUGCAAUUGCAGGAAAAUCCGUACAUAAUCAAAGGAUUGAACGAUUAUGGAGAGACGUUUUCCAAAAAGUGGUGUUUACUUUCUACCAGUGCCUUCAUGCUCUCGAGGAUUCAGGCGCCUUAAAUCUUGAUGAUCCGAAAUACAUUUUCUGUGCUCAGGCUGUUGUUCUCGCACGGCUUAAUCACUUAUUGGAGUGUUGGCGCCGUGCUAGAAACAACCAGGCCAUUAGGACAGAGCACAACCAAACUCCUGAGCAGUUGUGGAUAUCUCGGCUUGUACCUGCCCUACAUCAGUCGGAUUCCACUGCUGUAAGGAAUCUCAGGACAGACAGAGAUAUCCCUGCAUUAGUUCAGGAGGUAUUGCCAGAUGCCUACUUUGACGGGUCGGUGUUCAUCACCCCCAGAGCAUCAGAUGCUGUACCUCAUGGAGCAUUACAAGGCAUCAGGCAAUUCGACUUGUUGAGAGAGACCAAUGAUUAUGCAAUUCAGCUGUAUGGCGAAGUGUUAGAAUACAUUACAUCGCUGUGACACAAGUACAGUUGUCAAUAUUUCUCGGAAGUUAUUCAAAGUUUAUUGGCUCAAACAUUUUACAAUGUCCAUUGCCAUUAACUAAUAUGGCGGUUGUAAAUAAACAAUAUAUGAGAAAAGCAUGGUAUAAACAUAUAGAUGAUAAAGACAUAUCUAACUAACAUCAGUUGAGCUUCGGUUAAAGAUGUUUCGGUCUGAAUUUGUGUAAAUUUUGUCUGUUUACGUUGGUGAAUAUUGUCUUAAAUGUUGUUAUAUUUAAUGAAAAUUGUUACUCCGUACGAUUUUGGUGGGCCGCGAUUU